UUAUGGAAGCUUAAAUUGGAUUUAAAAUAAUGCCUUAUCAAGAUUAGAUAGUUCCAUAUAAUCUUUUUGAUAAAUACUUUUAAAUAACUGAAGAUUGGAGUGCAAUUUACAUAUAAAAAACACCUAAACAUGCAUUAACAUAUAUUUAUACCAAAUAUGAAAGAUUUAAGGAGGUUUGCUUAAUGAAAUUUAAUUUUAAUGAUAAGAUAAAAUUUAUUCAAUUAGAAAAUCAUAUCUUUUCUAAUUAAAAUGUACCAUAAAAAGAUAAAGCGAAUAUCGCUAGAUAUAUGCUGUUAAACAAUUAUGGAAUUUCAAUAGAAAACAAUUAACCAUUGAUGGAUACUUUAGGAGAAAUGAAUAUAGGUUUGAUAUUAGAAGAUUCAGAAAAGUAAUAUGAAUAUAUAGUACCUCAUAAAUUAAUGCAAGAAGGAUAAUGUUAUUAAUUAAAGAUUCCAAUCAUAUUUUAGAGGCAUGAAUAGAAAGUAUUUAGAACUGUAAAAAUGAUUAUUAAUAAUGAAUCUUAAGUUUUAGAUUCUAAAUAUGAGGAUAGAAUUCAUGAAAUUCCUUUAAAUAUUGAUGAUUUUUGA